AUGGAAAAUUCGGAGAACAAAGACUCGUCGCAGUGUGUUAGAGUUGCGGUCAAUAUUAGACCGCUGGUCACGUCGGAGCUUCUUGUUGGCUGCACAGAUUGUAUCACUGUGGUCGCCGGUGAGCCACAGGUACAAAUUGGAUCACAUGCCUUCACAUAUGACAAUGUUUUUGGCAGUGCUGGACAGUCUUCUUCGCGGAUAUUCGAUGAGUUUGUUGCUCCGCUUGUAGAUGCUCUCUUCCAUGGCUACAAUGGCACAGUUCUUGCGUAUGGCCAGACGGGGUCAGGGAAAACAUACACAAUGGGGACUAACUAUAACGGGGAAGAGCAUAAUGGUGGCAUCAUUCCCAAAGUGAUGGAGACUAUAUUCUCAAGAGUGAAUGCAAAGAAAGAAUCCACAGAGUUUCUUAUUAGAGUAUCAUUUAUUGAGAUAUUCAAGGAAGAAGUAUUUGAUCUAUUGGAUCCAAAACCACCAGUUAUUUCUAAAGGUGAUGGGGUGUCUUUGGCAAAGCUUCAUGUGCAUAGAUCUCCUAUUCAGAUUAGAGAAACUGUGAAUGGGGGGAUAACACUUGUUGGUGUGACGGAGGUAGAAGUUAGAACAAAAGAAGAAAUGGCUUCGUUUCUAUUGUGUGGUUCCUUAUCACGUGCCACUGGGAGCACAAAUAUGAACAGUCAAUCAAGUCGUUCGCAUGCCAUCUUUACAAUAUCCAUGGAGCAGAAAAGAAUUGCUAGUUGCCCACCUGGAUCGGUACAUGAUGAUUCUGGUGAUGAUAUUUUGUGUGCAAAACUUCAUUUAGUUGACCUGGCUGGUUCUGAGCGGGCGAAACGAACUGGAGCAGAUGGGUUGCGCUUACGGGAAGGCAUUCAUAUCAAUAAGGGACUGUUGGCUCUAGGGAACGUGAUUAGUGCAUUGGGCGAUGAGAAGAAGCGGAAAGAAGGAGGCCAUGAUUCUCUCGGAGGAAACUGCAAAACAGUUAUGAUUGCUUGUGUAAGUCCCGCAGACACAAAUGCAGAGGAGACGUUGAACACUUUGAAGUAUGCAAAUCGUGCUCGCAACAUUCAAAACAAAGCAAUUAUAAACCAUGAUCCAAUGGCGGCUCAAGGGCAAAGGAUGCGCAAUCAAAUUGAACAAUUGCAGGCUGAGCUUCUUUACUUUCGCGGAGAUUCCAGUGCAUCAUCUGAGGAACUUCAGAUUCUCAAGCACAAGAUUUCUUUGCUUGAAGCAAGCAAUGCAGAGCUACAGCGGGAACUACAAGAACAACGAAUCAGUUGUGAGCAUGUGAUGCGACGCGCUAUUGAUGCUCAGGUUGAAAAAGACAGUCUGAUUAUGAUAAUUGAAUCAGCUCGAAAUGGGAAAUCCUGGGAUGAGAUUGACUCUGAGUCUAAACAGGAUGUUGAUUUGGUGAAAAAAUAUGUGGGCAAAAUUCAAGAAUUAGAGGUGGAAUUGUUGCGCUUACAAAGCUCGAAUAGUUCAAGACGAAGUGAAUUUGUUGAUUACCUUGACUUGGAUAAUGAUGGGCUUCAUUCCAAAAAUCAUUUUUUCACAGUGUCCGACACAAAAACUGCAGAUAUGAGUGGUGCGAAUGAGGAUGAGGAGCAAGAGCUUGAACAUUCUUCUCUUCAAGAAAAAUUGGACAGGGAACUUAAAGAAUUGGACAAAAAAAUUGAACAAAAGGAGGCUGAGAUGAAACAUUUCACAAAUGUUGAUACCUCUGUUCUUAAACAACAUUAUGAAAGAAAAGUUCAAGAAUUAGAACAAGAAAAGAGAUCCCUACAGAAAGAGAUAGAGGAACUGAGGUUCAACCUCGCAAAUAUUUCAUCUGCUUCUGAUGAAGGCGCGGAAAAGCUGAAGGGAGAUUAUCUUCAAAAGUUGAAUGUCCUUGAAGCACAGGUAACGACAUUGAAGAAGAAACAAGAUGCACAAUCUCAACUAUCGAGACAAAAGCAAAAAAGUGAGGAGGCAGCUAAACGACUACAGGAUGAGAUUCAGAGAAUAAAAACACAAAAGGUGGUUCAAUUACAUCAAAAAAUAAAGCAAGAGUCUGAGCAGUUCAGAUUGUGGAAGACAUCACGGGAAAAGGAAGUCCUUCAGAGGGGAUGGCAGAAGAGGUUUGGUGGUGAACUUAAUGGCCGUUGUAGUGGCUACGAUGGUGGUGAUGACAGGCUAAAGAAAGAAGGAAGGAGGAACGAGUAUGAGAUGCAUAAACUGUUAGCCUUGAACCAGAGGCAAAAGAUGGUUUUGCAACGAAAAACUGAGGAAGCUUCUAUGGCUUCAAAACGACUGAAAGAGCUGUUAGAAUCUCGAAAAUCUUCAUCACGUGAAGCCUCUGGCACUGGAAAUAGCAGUGCUCCUGGAAUUCAGGCACUGAUGCAAGCAAUUGAGCACGAGCUUGAAGUUAAUGUACGAGUACAUGAAGUUCGCUUGGAGUAUGAGCGUCAAAUGGAAGAGUGA